UUAAGGAUGGUGGUCCAAUUUUAGCAGUUAGGUUGACUAAUAUUUUGGCUAAGAUCUGGGAGUUAGACCUUAUUCCAUCUGACUGGUCGCAAUCACUUAUCGUCCCAAUUUAUAAGAAAGGAUCAAAAUCAUCUUGUGACAACCACAGAGGGAUUAGUUUAACAAAUAUAGUAUCUGAAAUACUAGCCUCGAUAAUAAUCAGACGCCUAACUAAGACUCGCGAACUGCAAACACGAGAAAACCAAGCUGGCUUCAGACCUGUUCGUGGUGAUGAUAUAGUCCUGUUCGGUGAAGACGCUGAUAAAAUGCAGAGUCUUUUGGUAACACUAAGCAACAAUGCCAGAAUGUUUGGAAUGCGCUUCUCUCCCUCUAAAUGCAAGUUGUUGCUUCAGGACUGGCAUGCGUCAACACCUGAACUAAGGAUAGGGAGUGAAUUAGUCGAACGCGUUGACAACUUCACUUAUCUUAGAAGUCUGAUCAGCCCUAAUGGUUUGGUAUUGAACGAAAUCUCAGAACGGAUUCGAAAAGCUCGUUCGGCUUUUGCCAACUUACGUCACCUAUGGCGAAGGCGAGAUAUCUGUCCAUCAAUAAAACAACGAGUAUACUGCGUGGCAGUCCGUUCUGUUUUACUUUACGGCAGCGAAACAUGGCCUUUAAGAGUAGAAGACACUCGUAAGCUACUAGUAUGUGAUCACAGAUGCCUUAGAAAUACUGCUGGAAUCAUUGGGUGGCAAGUAAUAAUGAGGUUCGACGCAGGGUAUUAGGGAAUGAUGGUAAACCAGUUGAUGAGGUUGUGAAUCUUCAUCGACUGAGAUGAUUGGGCCACGUGUUACGUAUGCCUGAACACCGAUUACCACGUCGUGCAAUGCUAACGGGUGUUCGGGAUGGUUGGAAGAAAGUUAGGGGUGGUCAAACCAGAACAUGGCAUCAGUUCACAAAGUCACUAAGUUUCUGGUCUGAGCCAUGUUGAUAGAUGCAGACUAUUUGGUUGGAGUCCGCGUGACUUUCGUAACUAAUGGUUGAAGACUCUUGGUGACAUGGCUCAGAAUCGAUCACAAUGGCGUCGGUGUAUGCACUCCCUGUCUUCCCUUAAACUAAGAGAUUAAAAUCGCUUGAUAUCUUUCUACGAACUAAUUCUAUAUUCUGGUACUGUAUCCUUAUUACAAUCUUUCUCCUAUAUAUUACCACCUUUAACCUAACCACUCCUAUGAAUCCGGUGUUCAUCUUGCUGUGCUAAUGAGGUAUGGCAACCUGGACCGAUGCACGUAUGUGCCUGUCCUACGUUGUAGCUGACUGACUAUUCUCGAUGACUGCUUUCAAUCUCUGCCUUAAGACUAUACUGUUAGAUUUGCCUCUCUAUGAUAGAUUGAUAUAACCUUUUUUUCUUCGGAACUGAAUAAAUUAGAGGUCUUGGCAAUAACUGACUUUUCCACCCAUUAAUAAACUUGAGUGGAUAACUAUUUGCUAUUAAUGUGUCAGUCAGUAACUUUUCAUCUUUUUCCACCAUGUCAGAGGUACAUAUUCUUCGAGUCCUCUUAAAGAGGCACUUAACCAAACCUCUCUUGUAGUGCAAUGGACAGAAACUAUGGAAAUUUAAAUAUUGUCACGUCCAAGUUGGUUUCCUAUACACUGACUGUCUAAUUCAGUGCCAAAGAAAAAAGUUUAUAUCAAUCUACCAUGUAGAGGCAAAUCUAACAGUAUAGUCUUAAGUCAAAGAUUGAAAGCAGCCAUCGAGAAUACGUAUUUUGCUGCUCAGUUGGUAGUGAUUGAAAAGUCUAAGGUCAUGAUUCCUAAUAGACCCAAACAAUGCACUAAUGAUUACGUCACAUCCCAUUGUAUUUACCAAUUUACAUGUUUGUGUGGACACACAUACAUAGGGAGGAGUAAUCGAACAAUGCAAUCAAGCGUCAAUGAACAUGUGCCUAAAUGGCUUCAAAAUCAAUGUAUGUCAAAUGAUCCGAUCAAUGUAGGAGGUAGAAAACCAAGCUCAUCGAUAGCAAAACAUAUAAUUGAGAUGGGGUACAAAAUUAACAUUAAUACAGCAUUUAGAAUAUUUUACAGAAAUUGUCAAGUUCGAAUUCUUAAGUUUAUUGAAGCCUUGGCUAUUCGUAAAUUUAAACCCCCUUAUGUGUACAAAAACAAUAUGUCGUAACCUUGAAUUUACCUUGGUAAUCCUAGUGAUUAGUAGUGACCAGUGGAGUUCAACCAGGUCUGUUGUGAGAUAGUAACUCUCUGAAGACAAUGGUGAAUGUGCCGCUCAAUUUCGUGGAUUAGUUGAAGUCAGACAUUAACACCGUUGGAUGCCGGCUCAGUGGUCUAGUGGUUAAGUGCUCGGGCGCGAGACCAGUAGGUCCUGGGUUCGAAUCUCGCAGGGGGCGAGGUCGUGGAUGCGCACUGCUGAGGAGUCCCACAAUAGGACGAAACGGCCGUCCAGUGCUUCGAGGUUUUCCAUGGUGGUCUAGCUUCAACUGACUCAUGAUCUUAACCAUUGAAAUUACUACAAUCUCCACAAAAACCCAUCUGAUAUUAAUCCUUAAGUCAUUCUAUGGCCUAGGAUAACGCGACAAUUUCUUAUUCUUUCUCUCCCCUUAGUUAUUUUAAUCGUACUUUUAUUUGUUUGACCUUUAUUACUUUCCAUAUAAAAAUGCCCUGACAAGCAUAUGUGUGACCAGAUUGUUCGAAAUGUAUAGCGCUAAUACAUCACAUUUUUCAGAUCAACUCCGUCUUCUCAUUGUUCUAUCGAAAUUUAUAAAAGGGACUAAUUGCUUUAGAUCCUUUAAAUUUCAUACUUAAGCACGUUCGAGCUAAAACCUGGAAAUUCGAGGUACAACACGGACAACUGAGUUAUAGGUAUGCAUUCCAUUGUUUACGAGCAGUCAGUUCGUGACUGACGUGGUGUAGUCAAUUUCUCAGGAGUUCUUCAAGAGGAAGCUUGAUAUAUUCCUAUGGACUCAGGAGAGUAUUGCAUUGUAAUUUUAUUGUAUUUUCCUCUUGCCUGUUCAGUGUACAAAGGUUUCUACCUGGAGGCUACUAUAAUCCACUGCUAUUCUGUACAUAAGUCCAUUAAGCAAAAACUUCUCUUCUGCCUAAAACGAUUUGACUAAUACCAAGUAGCUAUCCAGAUCAUCUAGGUCCAACCCACUUAUUUAGCUACUAGAAUCCCCAGAGAACCCCAACUGUGCUCACGUUUAUCUAGUUUUGAUCUAUUUAUUGUUAUAUAUACGUCAUAUUUUCGCAUCACGAAAUCUAGCUUGAGCGUGUAUCCGUCUAAGUAGGAAAAGACAGGGUUUCAACAAUGAUAUCAGAUGCUACUUAUAUCUCUUCAAGUAGUCAAUCACUGGAAAGUCCUAACAACGUGUGGUAUCAGACCCAUUAGUGAAUAUUUUUGAAGAGAAGCUGGAUUUCCACUGGAAAACAAGGUGAAGCGAUUGAUUCAACUCAACCGUCCUUCUAUUCUUAUGUACUCAAGCUAAUUUUGUAGCCCGUUCUCUUUUUGUGAUAAAAUACUGUUCAUAUUAACAGUAAGGAAACUUCGAUUAGACUUCUAUCUGCUUAUAAAACUUCAUGCUUCAUAACACUUUCAAGAACGUUUUCUUUUUCCAUUCACCUCAGACAGUACACUUCUCAUUCAUUGUGUGGUAAUUCUUCAAUAUAUUUCAGUGAUAUUCUACGUGGGUGAGAUGGAAAAAGCAGUUGCACUAUUCACGAAUCCUGAAUUCAGUAUUAAAGAAUUGACCAAUUCCUUAUAUUUAGAUAUAUUGAUGAUAAAACAAUGUUUUCAAGCAACAUUUAUUCUAUUAAAUAAUAAAUGUAACAAUCAAUCAAGAAUUUGUCCUACAAAUUUAUUUAUUUUAAAAGAUAAUCAACAAAUUAAUGUUUCAUCAUUGCUAACAAGUAAUUCUUCUCAUAGUAUAACUUCUUGGACUUAUUCACCAUUUAAUAUUAAUAAUCAUAAUCAUAUUGAUUGGUUACCAAAAUUUUUUAUUUAUCAAACUCCUUUAUUAAUGAAUAUUCCAAUUGAUUUAAUGAAUUCAACAAAUAUAACUAAUCGUUGGUUAAUCUAUUUUAAAUUAUCUAUUGAAAUUGAUGAGAAAAAACAUAAUAAAUAUUUAACAAAUCAAUUGAUGAUAUCACUUCAACCAAAUAUUAUAAUGAAUUCAUUUAUGAAUAUGUCUAGUUGUUGGUAUUCAUCUAAAAUCAUAAUCAAUUUACAAAAUAUUCAUAAUCAACGAAUAGAUUUAAAUUUAUUUGCUUAUACAUCAGAUGAUCUAUUAGUCAAUCAUUAUGAUCCAAAUAAUGAUCCAAAUGAUGAUCUAAAUAAUCAUGAUGAUAAUAUUACUAUUCAUUUAAAUGUACAUGUAAUGAAUAGUUCAAAUUCAUGUUUAUUACAUUUAUAUAAUCCAUUAAUUUUCUCAUUUCAUAAUUUUAUACAUAAUUAUUAUAAUCUAGAAAAUUAUUUCUCAUUAAUGUUAUUAAAAUCGAUUGAUUAUUUUCCCCUAUGGUGUAUAUAUCCAUUUUAUAAACAAUGGACUAUUCAGAGUAAUAAAUUUGAUCCUCAUUUAAUAGUUGCUAAACAACAAUUAAUGAUCAAUAAUUUAGAAGUUAAACUUAAUAAAUUUUGUACAUGGAAUGUAUAUAAAUUCAAUAAACAUUUAUUAUAUUUAAUUACUAAUGGUAUUUUUAAUGGUAUAUGUUUAUAUGUUAAUAUGAAUUGGUGUAUAUCUAAUCCAAUAAUUAUUGAAAUUCGUUCGAGUUCACGUAAAUUAUUGAAUCUAUUAGAUCAAUUAUUGUUUACUCAAAAUAAUGUUGAUGAGUUUCAUUUUGUUCCUUAUAAUCAAUCAUUAUUAGAAAGUGAUAUAUCUAAUAAAACAAUUAAUGUACAAAAAUCAAUAACUGAUUCAUUCAAUUGUUUAAUUCAUGAAACAGAAUAUCUUAUUAAUCAAAUAACUCAACUUAUUGAAUGUACAAUGUAUAAACGAAUUCCUGAAUUAUCUGUAUUUUUAAAAGAUUUAACAAAUAAUCUUGAUAUUGCACAUCGUUCUGCUGAAUGGAGAUCAAUAGUGAAUAAAGCAAGUACUAUACCAAUUGAUAAUAUUCUAUCAAAUUUUGAAUAUUGUCAAUUACGUUUACAAACCGAUGUUCACUUCAAAAAUCUUUGUUUUAUAAAUAAUUUUUGAUGAAUAUUUAUGAAGUAGAUAUGUAUGUUUACCGUUUUCUGUGUUGAUUCCAGAAGGUUGUUUCAUUUUUGUAAAUUCUGUGAAAAUUAUGAAUUUACGGUGAUAACUUCUUAUGUAUAAAUGUAUGAAAUCAUUCAUUUUUGUUAGAAAUAUAAACAGAUUAUUUUCUAUAGAGUUAAA